CUUUUCAUUUAGUGGAAUAGAAGAUGAACUCAACUGAAUUCAGUGAAGAUGUAGAAGAAGUUGUGAAAAAUAGCACUGUGAAGGUAGAAGGCGACCAUGCUGCCCUGGACUGCUCCCGGAAUUCCAGGGGCCCUGAGAGGCACCCCUUGGACAACGUCCUCACUGCCCUCCAGGAGUCCAGCAAGAGGAAGCAGCUGGGCAGCGACGGCCAAGCAGACUCAGUCCCCAGUGUGAAGAGGAGGCGGUUGAUACCUGAGGCCCUCCUGGCAGGCAUGCGCAGCCGUGAGAACAGCUCACCCUGCCAGGGAAAUGGAGAGCCAGCCAGCAGGGGCAGGAGCGGGAGCUGUGUGUUGUCUGAAGAAGAACCUUCCGGUGAGGCCACCACCCCUUCCUACAAGAAGCCUCUGUAUGGCAUCUCCCACAAGAUCAUGGAGAAGAAGAACCCUCCCUCGGGAGACCUGCUCAGCCCCUAUGAGCUCUUUGAGAAGGCAAACUCCAGUACCAGCCCCUCUCCUCUGCGCCUGCUGAAUGAGUCUCAGAAAAGGGAAUGUGGUAUUGGGGUGGCCACUGAUGGGGAGCCCAAUAUCUACGUCCUGAUCCAGAAGAUGCUAUACAUGCUCAACACGCUCACAUCUAACAUGUCCCAGCUUCACAGCAAGGUGGACCUGCUCUCCCUCGAGGUGAACCGCAUCAAGAAGCAGGUGAGCCCUUCUGAGCUGGUGGCCAAGUUCCAGCCUCCCCCUGAGUACCUGCUCACUUCUGCCGAGCUGAAGCAGAUCGUGGAGCAGAGCCUGUCCUGCGGCGACCUAGCCUGUCGCCUCCUCGUGCAGCUAUUCCCCGAGCUCUUCAGCGACGUGGAUUUCUCCCGUGGCUGCAGUGCCUGCGGCUUUGCCGCCAAGCGGAAGUUAGAGUCGCUGCACCUGCAGCUCAUCCGGAACUAUGUGGAGGUCUACUACCCCUCUGUAAAGGACACAGCUGUGUGGCAGGCCGAGUGCUUGCCACAGCUGAAUGACUUCUUCAGCCGCUUCUGGGCCCAGCGGGAAAUGGAAGACAGCCAGCCAGGCAGCCAGGUCACCAACUUCUUUGAAGCAGACCAAGUGGAUGCCGGCCACUUCCUAGACAGCAAGGACCAAGAAGAAGCUCUGUCUCUGGAUCGCAGUAGCACCAUCGCCUCGGACCACGUGGUGGACACCCAGGACCUCACCGAGUUCCUAGAUGAAGCCUCCUCCCCAGGUGAGUUUGCUGUGUUCCUCCUGCACCGGCUCUUUCCGGAGCUGUUUGACCACCGGAAGCUGGGCGAGCAGUAUAGCUGCUAUGGCGAGGGUGGUAAGCAAGAGCUGGAUCCGCAGAGGCUGCAGAUCAUCCGCAACUACACGGAGAUAUACUUCCCCGACAUGCAGGAGGAGGAGGCCUGGCUGCAGCAGUGUGCCCAGCGCAUCAACGAUGAGCUGGAGGGCCUGGGGCUGGAGGGGGCCAGCGAGGGCGAGGCCCCGCGGGAUGACUGUUACGACUCCUCCAGCUUACCAGAUGACAUCUCAGUGGUCAAGGUGGAGGACAACUUCGAGGGCGAGCGGCCUGGCCGGCGCUCCAAGAAGAUCUGGCUGGUGCCCAUUGAUUUUGACAAGCUGGAGAUCCCACAGCCUGACUUCGAGAUGCCAGGCUCAGACUGCCUGCUGAGCAAGGAGCAGCUGCGUAGCAUCUACGAGAGCAGCCUGUCCAUUGGCAACUUUGCCUCCCGCCUGCUGGUGCACCUGUUCCCGGAGCUCUUCACCCACGAGAACCUGCGCAAACAGUAUAACUGCAGCGGCUCCCUGGGCAAGAAACAGCUGGACCCCGCCCGCAUCAGGCUGAUCCGACACUACGUGCAGCUGCUCUACCCUCGAGCCAAGAACGACCGUGUGUGGACUCUGGAGUUCGUGGGCAAGCUGGACGAGCGCUGUCGACGCAGGGACACGGAGCAGCGGCGCUCCUACCAACAGCAGCGCAAGGUCCACGUGCCUGGCCCCGAGUGCCGGGACCUAGCAAGUUAUGCAAUCAACCCCGAGAGGUUCCGAGAGGAGUUUGAGGGGCCCCCGCUGCCUCCUGAAAGGAGCAGCAAAGACUUUUGCAAAAUCCCCCUGGACGAGCUGGUGGUCCCCUCGCCCGACUUUCCGGUGCCUUCCCCUUACCUGCUGUCGGACAAGGAGGUCCGUGAAAUCGUGCAGCAGAGCCUGUCAGUGGGCAACUUCGCUGCCCGCCUCCUGGUCAGGCUCUUCCCUGAACUCUUUACGGCUGAGAACCUUCGACUGCAGUACAACCACUCCGGGGCUUGUAACAAGAAACAGCUGGACCCCACGCGGCUGAGGCUUAUCCGCCAUUACGUGGAAGCCGUCUACCCCGUGGAGAAGAUGGAGGAGGUGUGGCACUAUGAAUGUAUACCCAGCAUCGAUGAGCGGUGUCGCCGCCCCAAUAGGAAAAAGUGCGACAUCCUCAAGAAAGCCAAGAAAGUGGAGAAGUGACAGGGCUGAGGCUGCCCAGUGACUUGGGUCACCGCAGGCUGAGCAAUGGGUGCGCUUGGGACUGAGCAUCCGCCGGAGCUCAUGUAUGGUACCCACAGACAGGCACCUUAUGUCAGUGGGGAGUGGUUUCCUACAUUUGCACACGUAAACACCUACCCAGCCACGAGAAAGAAGCCUUCCAUUUGGUCUCUUGUAUUCAUGACUUUGUUCUGUGUUCCUUGGUGGGCACAGCCAGAGUUUGGGAGUAGCCAAGCUGUGAAAUCAGAAUUGAUAGGGUAAGGUCCCCUUUCAGGGCUGGGGAGCCCUCCUUAGCCCUCACAAUUCAAAAUACAAAUCUAAACUAGACAGUAGUGGUUGACACCUC